AUGAGAAAUUUCGAUCCCAUUGCUUCAUUGCCCAUCAGGGCACCUCCAAGCGACACCAAGCGAAGGUAUUCCUUGAACCCGAGAGACGAGAUCAUGAGGAAAUAUGAAGAUUCGGAACAAGCUGCAAAGAUCCAGCAAUCGAGAGCAAGCAUGCUCAAAUCCGAGCUCGAGAUUUACGAUAUGGAAAGAUGUAUUUCAUGGAGCGACUCUUUCACGCUCCGCAACAACGAUGCAGCAAGGGAGGCGUUGUUCCUUCCCAGUUGCAAUCCGGACCAAGAAAUAGCCUCCCUCCAAGACUGCUUGAAUGAUUGCGAGGACUCGCUGAACUCGACCCCUGGCCUCAAGUCCAUCGACCGUUCCGGGAACCUCAUGUUGUGCGGGGAUCGCGGAGACAUCAACCGAGACUUGAUCAGUCCGUUCGGGCCCUCGAUCGAUCAUAUUGGAAACUUUCGCACUAAGAUCACACAGAUCUGA